AUGAUCGAGGUCCUGAAGACGGCUCAAUUGUUCGCGCCGAUUGACGGUAGCAUCCAAUUCAACUGUACGCGAGUCCUUUUUCUUCGGGAUGGCAUGACAUUCUGCGCAAAGCCACCCAUGAGGAUUGGCAAGCGCUAUAAGAUUGAUCUGGACACACUGGAGGAUAUUAGACCUAUCCCUCCUGAGCCUUACCAGCCCCUUUAUACGUCCGAUUACACUAUCGCGUCACACCCCGAUCGGUGUUUCUCCAAAAAGCCAAACUUGACUUCCUUCAUGGGUGGGGCAGAGCUUUGCGACUAUGUUCUCCUGGAGCUUGCAACUUGCGAACUCAUCCGGAACCAGCCGCACCGGAACAUUGCAACCUAUCAUGGCUGCGAGGUCUUUGAUGGUCGGGUCAUCGGUCUCUGCUUUGAGAAGUACGAACAGACUCUAUUAGAGAGGGUCAAUCCCAGCCAUCUCAACAAGAAGGCAGCGCGUUAUCUCUCUGGUAUUGAGGAAGGAAUCCGGCAUCUGCACAGCCUUGGUCGCAACCACAACGACAUCAAUCCUGCGAAUAUCAUGUUUCGCGAGGAUGAUACGCCAGUCAUCACUGAUUUCGAUUCCAGCAGUGCCCCAGGAACAGAACUCGACAAAGCAAAGCGUACAUACGGAUGGUAUGACCCAGACGUUACUGUGUCACAAGCGGCCAACGACUUCAAGGCUUUGGCAGAGUUACGCACCUGGCUGACUGGUUCUGAACCAGCCGAGUUUCAGUUUGGUUGGUAA